GCUCGCCGUUUCAGCGACAGGGGAAGGGAGUUAAGGAAGUAGUUGGGGGUCCUGGUGUGGGGAGUCUGGGCGCAGCCAGACGGAGCUACAUCGGGCAGCCAGGUAAUAAUUUCAAGAUGCCAGGGCGUUCCACUUCAAGUUCAGGUUCAACUGGUUUUAUAUCCUUCAGUGGUGUAGAAUCUGCACUCUCCUCCUUGAAAAACUUCCAGUCCUGCAUCAGCUCUGGAAUGGACACAGCUUAUAGUGUUGCUUUGGGUCUUGUGGAAACUCAGACUGAAGUGAGUAGUGAAUACAGUAUGGAUAAGGCAAUGGUUGAAUUUGCAAUGAUGGAUCGGGAACUAAACCAUUAUUUAAAGGCUGUUCAAUCUACAAUAAACCAUGUAAAACAAGAGCAUCCAGAAGAAAUACCCAAUCUAAAAUCAUUAGUGGAGGAGAAGUUUUCGGCUUUACAGAAUAAGAAUUCUGACGCAGACUUUCAAAAUAAUGAGAAAUUUGCACAAUUUAAACAACAGCUGAAAGAACUAAAGAAGCAAUCAGUGAAACCUAAAGAAGAUGGAGGACACAAUGAUUUCGACCAGAUUAAGGAUAAGGAUGCAAGUAGAGCAGGCAAUGGACGAGAUGGUCUUCAAGCAGACAGAGAGGCUGACGGCACAGAAGGAGUUGAUGAAGAUAUGAUUGUGACCCAAAGUCAGACCAACUUCAUCUGCCCCAUUACACAGUUGGAAAUGAAGAAGCCAGUGAAAAAUAAAGUGUGUGGCCACACCUAUGAAGAGGAAGCCAUUGUUCGCAUGAUUGAGUCCAAGCGCAAGCGGAAGAAAAAGGCCUGUUGCCCGAAAAUUGGCUGUAGCCAUACAGACGUGAGCAUGUCUGAUCUCAUCCAGGACGAGGUGCUGAGGAGGGCGAUUGAGAGCCACAAGAAAAAACGUCGUCAGUCUGACUAGGAAGACCACCUGCCUGCAGGGAACUCCGCAGCCUACCUCCUACCCCAGCCAUCUGUAGAGAGGAAUGCUUGUCAAAGCACUUCGACUGGCUGCAUAGCAUACUUUGGGGUAAAACUGAAGGUUUUAGUGUAUUUGAAAGCCUUUUUCUAUGUUACAGUAAACAUUCAAGCAUAUUAUAUUGUUUAUUUUUAAGUGUUCUGCAGUUUUAAAUAAAACUUUGAUUAUCUG